UAACGCACUGUCGUUUCCUUAUACUUGGGUUUUGCUUGGUCUGAAAGGCGAAAAAUAUCACUGUUUUUUCAAAGAAGAGGGAGUGGAAACUGAAAAGAACUGAGCUUUAUGUGUAUAGUGUGUCUGGGUAAGAUUUGAAUAUUUGAUUUGAUCAUCCAGGAAAGAUGGAAAUUGCAAAGAAGAAAAAACAACAACGUCCAGGGCAGGGGUUGAUCGAUGCAGUGUUUUCUUGGUCUUUAGAGGAUGUGAUGAACAAGAAUUUUUACAGAGACAAGGUUAAAGAAAUCCCAGAUACCUUCAUGUCCACUGAUCAUUACCUCAAGUCAUUCACCAAUCCACUUCUUAAAGAAACACAUGCUGAUUUGUACUCAAACAUGAAGAAUUCACUCCGAAAUGCCCCAUCUCGUGAGGUCUUCGAAGUGAAAAUCUCUAAGGGUUUCAAGGCUCCAAAAGAUUUGUUAUACAAUAUUCUCUUGAAGACAACUAGAGAGGGCGAUGGUGAGAGUAAACAACCAUAUGAACCCGAGGCUGGGGAUCUAAUUGCAUUCUGCGAUGUGAAGCCUAAGCGUGUUGAGGAUUUGAACAGACCGAAGAUGUCCUAUGUCAUAGCUGUAGUCCAGGGCAGGAAAGAUGAUGGUUCAGCAAGGUUUCCAAUCUUGUCAUCAAAGCCUGUUACCUUCAGGAAAAAAAUGGAGAGAGGGAGAGAGGGGGAUAAGCUUUUUGUUGUUUAUCUUACUAGUUUGACAACAAAUAUUCGCAUAUGGAAAUCCUUGAAUAUGGACAAGGAAAGUGCUAACUUAAAGAUUAUCAAAACAGUGUUGCAAAUUGAUCCCAAAGAUGAAGGAGAUUGUGCCCUCUGCACCUAUGGAGGAACUCAAGCUACUACUUUAAUGAAUGCCAAGGCAGCCAUACAAUCCUUUGGAUUAGAUAAUUCCCAGGAAGAAGCUGUUAUGAGCUGUGUAAAAGCCAGAAAAUGUGUUCACCGAAGUUCUGUUAAACUGAUUUGGGGCCCUCCCGGGACUGGGAAAACAAAGACGGUUGCCUCCUUGUUAUCUGUCCUCUUCAAUAUGAAAUGCAGAACAUUGACUUGUGCUCCAACGAACGUUGCAGUCAUAGGAGUUGCAAAGCGGCUUAUGGAACUGGUAAGGCGUAGUCUCCAGUCUGAUAGUUAUGGUCUAGGAGACAUUGUUUUGUUUGGUAAUGGGGAAAGAAUGAAGGUGAAUGAUCACGAGGAUCUAUUGGAUGCAUUUUUGGAUUAUCGUGUUGAUGCUCUUGCUAGUUGUUUGUCACCAUUGGUCGGGUGGCAGGCAGGUUUGAAUUGGAUGAUAAAUUUGCUCGAGGAACCCGAAGAGCAAUAUCAGAAGUACUUAGACAAAAUAAAAGAUGAGAAUGAAGAGAGUGAUGAUGAAUUAGAAACAGGAAGCUCAAGUGGGGAACUAAGUAGUACUGAGGAGAAAGAUGGUUUAAUCACAGAUAAAUACUUGAACAAAACCAAGGGAAAUAACUCAAAUAAGCAUUUGAAGAAGUUCAUAGUUCAGACCAUAAAGGAAAACAAGAAGAAAAAGUUGAAAGAUGAAUCUUCUCAAAAGAAAUCUAUUGACAAAGUGGCCAAAUGUCACAGAGGAAAGGAUCGCAUUGGGGAGGUAACAAUUUGGACAUUUGAGGAGUUCGUUUUGAAGAAGUAUAAAUCUUUAGCGGAGCAAUUAGACUUUUGUAUGACAACCUUGUACACUCAUUUGCCUACUUCCUAUAUCCCCCGAGAAGUAGCGAAGAAGAUGGUUAGAGCACUUAAUUUGCUUCAAACUCUUGAGGGACUGUUGAAAACUGUUGCUGGGAUACCUGGAGGACUGAGAGAUGGCCUUAAGGGGAUUAAAGUUUCUUCGUCUAAGUGGAAGAAGCACAUUAAUGAAUUGCAGAUAACAAAGUCAGAAUGUGUUGUAAUAUUAAAACUCCUUCGCGGCAGCAUUAAGCUCCCAAAUUUUGCUGAGAACUAUCAAAUUCGAAACUUUUGUUUGAAAUUUGCAGUCUUGCUUUUCUGUACUGUCUCGACUUCAUCCAAACUGCACUCUGAAGGGAUGGCACCAAUAGAGCUGUUGGUAAUUGAUGAAGCUGCUCAGCUUAAAGAAUGUGAAUCCACUAUUCCUUUGCAGCUACCCGGUCUUGGCAACGCUAUACUAAUUGGAGACGAGAAACAAUUGCCAGCAAUGGUUCAGAGCAAGAUUUGCGAGAAGGCUGGUUUCGGGAGGAGCUUGUUUGAGAGGCUGGUCAAAUUAGGACACAAGAAGCACCUCCUCAACAUUCAAUACAGAAUGCAUCCCUCAAUUAGUUCGUUCCCAAAUAAGAAAUUCUACAAUAAGAAGGUAAUGAAUGGUCCGAAUGUCAAAAACAUUACAUAUGAGAAGCGAUUUCUCACAGGAAAAAUGUUUGGACCAUAUUCUUUCAUCAACAUUAGCCAAGGGAAAGAAGAGCUAGAUGAGAAAUGUAGUAGUAAAAACAUGGCAGAAGUUUCUGCAGUGGCUGAGAUUAUUGCUAUGCUCUACAAAGAGUUUCUACGUUCAAAACAAAGAGUCCGGGUUGGUUGCAUAUCACCAUAUAAGGCUCAGGUUUGUGCAAUCCAAGAAAAGCUUGGCAAGAAAUACAGCACUGAUGUGGAGAGUGACUUCUCCGUGAACGUACGAUCUGUAGAUGGAUUUCAAGGCGGAGAAGAAGACGUGAUCAUCAUAUCUACAGUCCGGUCUAAUGGAAAUGGAUCAGUGGGUUUCUUGUCCAACUUUCAGCGCACAAAUGUGGCUCUGACUCGAGCAAAAUACUGCCUUUGGGUAUUAGGCAAUGGCGCGACUUUGAUCAAUAGUGGCUCUGUCUGGGGAGACUUGGUGCAAUAUUCUAAGGCCCGCGGGUGCUACUAUGAUGCCUGCAGUGACAAGAACCUGAAAGAAGUGAUUGCAGAUUCAUCUGAUGAGUUAACAACCAAGUUGUCUGCAAUGAGUCUAAGUGAUAAACCUGGAUCUUCUUUCAAAGCCUCUGGAAAGGUGAAGAAUUUCAAGAAGAACAGAGCUUGGUUUUUGAGCAAAGGUGGACGGGGAUGAGGAUUGUUUUGAUGGUAACAUCAGAACAUGGUUAAAUUGAAGACUGGUGUUUUGCUGAACAGUUUAUGUAAUGGUAUUAUAAUUUUAUGAUAAAUGCCUGUAAUUGUUACAUUGUUUUGAAUGUAAAUAGUGUGUGUUGCUGCAUUUCAUGUUUGGAAA